UGAUACAAAGAAUAGCAUUUGCUUUCGAAGACAACUGAGUAAACAUCUCAGGAUUUUUGAAAACGACAACGACUUUCUUCCCGAAAGAACAAUCUUUUUUUCAUCAUGAAUCGAGUGUUUUUGUUUCUCGCUUUGGCUAUUUCAUCGAGCUUCGCUAUGAAUUAUACAGACGUGAAGUGUCACAAAUACGCAUCACCAACGAAUGGCAAACUCGUCUGUCAGAAAGAUGUAACGGCAUCCCUGAACUGUCAUGUUCAAUGCAACGACGGCUAUGAUGUGGAGUACCUUCAAGCUGAGAAUUAUAAAUGUACACCUGAGGGAAAAUGGGAAGUCGAACCAGAUCUUAUGACCAUGCCGUGGCCAAACUGUGUUGUAUAUGGACCUGGUAUGCCAAUACCAUGAAUCAUCGAUGAAGAAUAGUGUCAUGUGACGAAGGACAAUGUCAAUGAACGUUUUGUCCUGAAUAUUCUAUUAGACUAAAUUUUUCUUGUGCAGUUGAUUAUGAAGUUUGCCACAUGAAAUUGAAAUGAAUCAAUUAAAUAAAACACUGCACAAAAAACAUUUGUACACUUUA